UCGAGGCGGGGCGGCGGCGGCCGCCCCGGGCUGUCGGGGGCGGCUGGCGGGCCGCGGGCGGGCGGGCGGCGGGGCCGGGCCGGGGCCGGGUCCGACCACGAUGCCCCGGCGGAAGCAGAGCCACCCGCAGCCGGUGAAGGCGGACGCCGAGGACGGCCCCGAGGAGACGGCGGGAGCGGCGCUGGUGCUACCCGGCGACCUGCUCCUGGGUCGCGGCCUGGCCUUCGAGAAGGGACCGCCAGCAGACACCCUGGUGGGGAAGAUCGCCAUGCCGGCGUAUGCGCUGAGUGACGACGACUGCUCCUCUGGGUACCAGCAGCUGAGCGUGGAGAGCGACCCCGAGGAGGGUGGGGAGCCCGGCCCCGCAGCGCUGCCCUGCCGCCAGUGCGGGCUGCAGCUGGCUGCCAGCCUCGGGCAGAGCUGCCUGCAGUGCGCCGGCACGGAGGGGGGCCGCAGCCAGCGCAUCGUGUACUCCUGCCAGCUCUGCCCCUUCGCCUCCCACUACUCCAGCCAUCUCAAGCGCCACAUGAAGACACACAACGGGGAGAAGCCGUUCGCAUGCACGCAGUGUGCCUAUGCCUCUGCCCAGCUGGUGAACCUGACCCGACACUUGCGCACGCACACCGGGGAGAAGCCGUACCACUGCACGUGCUGCAGCUUCGCCUGCAGCAGCCUGGGCAACCUCAAACGCCACGAACGGGUCCACAGCCAGGACAAGCCCUUCCAGUGUGCUGCCUGUGACUAUCGCUGCAACCAGAGCCGCAACCUGAAGAGGCACAUGCUCAGCCACCGCCUGCCCGAGGGCGAGGUGUCACACCAGCAGGACAAGGACCCAGAGCCACUGCUGCCGGAGCUGAGCCUGCACGUGGGCAGCGGCAGUGGCCCCUUCCUGCCUGGCUGCGCUCGGCUGCGAGGCGAGGAGGCGGCCGGACUGCCCGAGCUGCUUUUCCCCUUCACAUGCCGCAUGUGCGGGCUGGUGCUGGACGACGGGUUUGCGCAGGAUGAGGGGCGGGCUGAGCAGGUCUGCGGGCGCUGCAGCCUGGCAGUGCUGGGCACUGAGCCGGGCGCCAGCCCCCGCAAAGGCACUGGGGACAAAGGCUUUUCCUGCAACUUCUGCCCCUUCGUCACCCACUACCCCAACCACUUGGCACGGCACAUGAAGACGCACAGUGGGGAGAAGCCAUUUGCCUGCCCGCUCUGCCCCUAUGCCUCUGCCCACCUCGACAACCUGAAGCGGCACCAGCGGGUGCACACGGGCGAGAAGCCCUACAAGUGCCAGCUCUGCGACUAUGCCUGCGGCAACCUGGCCAACCUCAAGCGUCACGGGCGCAUCCACUCGGGCGACAAGCCCUUUCAGUGCAGCCUCUGCAGCUACAGCUGCAACCAGAGCAUGAACCUGAAGCGGCACAUGCUGCGGCACACGGGAGAGAAGCCCUUCCAGUGCCGGGACUGCUCUUACACCACUGGUCACUGGGACAACUACAAGCGCCACCAGAAGAUCCACGGCCACACAGCCGAGAGCUGGGUAAACCCACGCAAUGCCAAAGCCCUCCUGGCCCCUCCAGCCGUGGGCACGGCCCUGCCCUAAGACAGCACUUAGCCUGGCUGCAGGGGUGUCCAGCCCUGCAUCAGGCCCAGGGUGCCUCAGCCCCUGCCCUCCCUGGGGGAGGGACGGGCAGCAGACUUCAUGGGGGCUCAGGGCUGCCUUAUGUGGGGCCCGUGGGGGUACUGGGACCUCCAGCAGCCCUACCCUUCCCUGGCAGGGCAAAGCCACAACCAGCGGCUCAGGUUCCUGCCCCAGAGGUGGUAGUGCUAUGCUGCUGGGGGUGGUACCUGCCUGUUCCUGCCUUUUGGAGUUGUCUUCUGCCGGACCUUGGGGAAAAGGGGGGGAGGGAGGACUGGUUCCAUGGCUGUUGCCAUGCUGGUCAGUGUAAUUUAUAUUGUGUAUAAAAGCAUUAAACAGUCAGUUUUGUUA